AUGAGGCACAAGCCACCUUACAAAUUGGAAAUCUUCUUGGCAUUAAUUGUGAAGGAAAAGAGGCCGAAGUUAUUGAGAAGAUCAUGGAGCUUGAAACCCAAGAUUUGGAAAGGAGGAAGCAGCUUGACGCUGCUAAAAAGUUCUGAUCCUGCAAGCUUAGGUGGUUUGGGAGCCUUAGUUUGUUUAUCAAUGAAGUUAUUCUCUUGGAAUAUUAGAGGGUUGGGAAAUCCGGAGAAAAGAAGGAAAUUAAAGGAGCUUCUUAGAGUAAGAAAAGUAGAUAUUGCUUUAAUUCAGGAGACCAAGAAGGCAGAGAUUUCAGAAUCAUUUGUUAGAUCCUUAUGGCCUGGGGACCAAAUGGAGUUCAUGGCUGUUGACGCAGUAGGGAAUGCAGGUGGGCUGUUGUGUAUUUGGAAACCUGAGGUUUUCUCUUUGUCAGAUUGUUGUUGCAGCAAGAAUUUCAUUUUGCUCUCAGGUAUCACUUCUCUAAACUUUAGCUGUAUUAUUGUCAAUGUUUACGCUUCUAAUGAUUUGCUGAAAAGGAGGAGACUGUGGGAACUAUUAUGCACUCUUAGAACCACUUUCACUCAUCCUUGGUGUAUUGGGGGUGAUUUCAAUGAAGUCAAAAGUAUAGGGGAAAGGAAGGGUUGUGUUAGAAGGGAUGUGGGGAUGAAGGACUUGGGCAAUUUUAUUGACAAAAUUGGAGGGGUAGACUUACCAAUGCUGGGCAGACGAUACACCUGGGGUAGUUCUCAGGAUGGUGAUAGGUGGAGCAGAAUUGAUAGGUUCAUUUUAAAUCCUGAGUGGCUUGAAUCUUUUAGGUUCAAACUUUGGGGUUUGCCUAGAUCCUUGUCUGAUCACUGUCCUCUGUUGCUAAUGGAGGAUGAGAGGGUUUGGGGUCCUAAACCCUUUAGAUUUAUUAACUCUUGGGCUAUGCACACCAGCUUUUAUCAUACAGUGAAGCAAAACUGGGAGCACUUAAAUUUGGAGGGCUGGGCAGGUUACAUCCUCAAGAAGAAGCUACAAGCUCUUAAACUGUGUCUGAAAAAAUGGAAUAAGGAGGUAUUUGGUAACAUCAAGGAAAAUCUCCAGGAGAAGGAAGCUGAACUUCACUCAUGGGACUUGCUAGCUGAGGUUAGAACUCUCCAAGUUGAUGAAUCUGCUAGAAGGAUGGAAUUACUAGGGGAAGUUUGGAAAUUGAGAAAGAUGGAUGAGAGACUAUGGUUACAGAAAUCUAGGCUUAACUGGUCAUUGAAAGGUGAUAAGAACACCAGGUUCUUCCACAUUACUGCCACAAACAGACAUAACAGAAAUUCACUUGAUUCAAUAGAAGUCAAUGGGAUCUCAGUGGUGCAACCUAUUGAAAUCAAAACUGCUGUGAUGAACCAUUUCAAAUUACUCUACUCAGAGCAAUGGAAGUGUAGGCCUAAACUGGGAGGCCAUUUUAACUCCAUUAACUUGCCCAAUAAUGCAUCAACCCUGCUCGAAAGUGUCUUCUCUGAAGAGGAAGUUUGGGCUGCUAUUAAGGACUGUGAUGGAAACAAAGCCCCAGGUCCGGAUGGCUUUAAUCUGUCCUGUUUCCAAAAAUGCUGGAAUUUUAUGAAACAUGACAUUCUAAACUUUAUGAAAGAAUUUCAUGAGAAUAGUACUUUGGCCAGGGGUCUUAAUUGCUCAUUUAGAGAGAGAAAGGUUUCCUAA